AUGGAAAGUAUUGGUGAGAACGAUAUUGAUCAGCAGUUGAAGAUACUUGACGAUGCAAUCGAAAAUAAUCGAGAGAUCGUGCUAGCGUUAUUUAUUCAACUAAAAUCUUCAAUUGACGAACUUGAACUGGAAGAUGAAGAAAAAUACAAUGUGUAUCGUUACCAAUUUCAUUUAAAAAAAUCAAGUUAUCUGAAAGCUGCUGGAGACUUGGUUGGAAGCAAAAAGGAAGAAAAGUUUAUGGAGGCAUAUUUUGCCAAAUGUCAAAAACAAGAGCAACAGCAAAAUAAUAAUCAAGAACAACAAAAGACAGAAGAAACUCUUUUAUUGUCAGUAGAAUGUGAUGUUCAGGCAAACAUUUCGAUAAAAAAUGAUAUUGAAAAAUGUUUAAACGAUCUAAAAUCAUGUAUCGACAAUGAGCAAAUGACGUACUUCAAUGAAUUAGAAUCAACAAUAAAAGAAUUCACUGAAUUAUCUGUUAAUUCACUGGAUGAAUAUAUUAAAUUGGAUACGAUUCAUUCGGUAAUACAAACUACCGUGAAUUCUUUGAAAACUCAAGCCCAAAUGGAUUUAGAAGAAACAGAAGGUCACAACAACAUUUCAUCUUUUUCAGUUUUAACUAGUUUAAGCUCGUGUUUGAAAGCUUUACAAUACCAACGUAAAGUAAACUUUGCUUCUUUUGUUCUGUCCCAGAGACUCGAACUGCGUUCUAUUUUGUUUGCCGGUAUUCCAUUGACAGAAGAACGAAUUGAAUCACAAACCAAAAAAUUGUUUAUUCUAUUUCAUCCUGAUAAAUGUGAAUUUGAACAAAAACCAAUAUUCACACAGAUUUUUCAACUAAUUGCUGAAGAUGCAAGCAAACAGUUGAAAGAACUGACUGAACAUGCACAUCGAACUAGUAUCGUUGAAUAUCAUGAAGCGAAGGGAAAAGAAUAUUGGGAUGUUGCUAUAGAAUAUAAAUGUGCGCGAAAACGAGAAUGGGAUAAAGUAAAACAGUUAAAACGAGAAAUAUUGAUGAAUUUAACUGAUAGAGAAUUAGAAUAUCAUCAAUGCCAGUAUGCAAUUUGUGCAUUUGAACAAUAUCGAGCUGCAGGAAGGCAAUUUGAAGUAGAACAAAGUAGCCAACGGCUAAUUGCCAAGAAAGUUGAGUUGAAAAAAUACAUGGCUCUUUCUCUAUACCUUGCCGGAUCAAGUAAAAUGUUAGAAGCCCAAAUAUAUGCCAUUGCCGGUAUUCAUUUGGCAGUGACAAGUGGCAAUGUAUCUCUAUGUAAAGAUAAUUUGGAAGCACUAGAGAAGCUCUUGCGAAAAACACAUGGUGCAAACACACCGUUGUUCGCAAUCCCAACCGACGCCACUGUAAAUAAAGAAGAGUCGGGAUUAAGUAAAGCUUUAGUAGCCUACAGCCGUGGUUCUGUUUCAUUGAGCCAACUUGAAAGUGUUAUUUCUUCAGAAUUACGGAUGACAAUUCUCACUAAAUGUUCACUUCGAGGUGAAGAGAGAAAAGUAGCUAUACCAGAAGAAUCUACUCUUCAAGUUCGUAAGAAAGGUCUAGAAUUUAUUGGUAAAGGAGCUGUGGGCAUAGGGACCGGAGCAGUAGUUGCUGGAGGUAUUAUUGGUAAAGCCUGUCUUGAUAUAUCGGCUGGUGCAGCAAUUGGUACUCUUUUUGGAGGACCAAUCGGGACAGUUCUCGGUAUUGGUGUCGCCCUCACAUCUGUAGUUGCUGGCGGAAUAUUAGGAUAUGGAUUUUUUAAGAAAAGUCUACCUUAUCUGAAAGAGCCUAAAAUUCGUCAAAACCUAAACAAAAUUAUGAGCAACGUUUUAAACCAUUACAAACGUGAAGAAUAUAGCGACGUUCUUUAUUCGUUAUCUGUUCCGUUUGCCUCUGAUAGAAGGUUAAUACAUAUUAGAGAAGUUGAAAGUGGUAAGACAUUCAAAGUUUUGCUUGAAAUUGAACCAACGUCUAUUGUGCGAGAACUUUUGUAUCACGACUUUCCACCAGAAGGAAUAGCUUAUUUUCUUGUUUUACUCGGCGAAGUUUUACUUCUUGGUCCUCAAUUGAAACCGGAAAAAGAAUUGUCUGCCAACAUGUGUUUGGAGUUACCAGCCUAUUCUGAUUUCAAUUAUCUCGCAAUCAAAGUAUUUGAGGAGGUUUGGAUCAAUGAAGGAUUGAUAAAACGAGCAGAAGCAAUCGAUAAACAAAUCAAGUCGAAAAUAUCGAUUGCACGAAAAAUUUGCAUAGAAUAUGUUGCGACAAGUACAUUAGCCUAUGCAUAUUCGGUGUCAAGAGAUUACAUAAAAGACAGCUUAGUUAAUCCAGUCAUGGCUCGUCUUGAAGAGCUGAAAAAUAUUGCACAGAUUAAUUAUGCCAUUGCUCAAAUGAUAAUUGGAGGAACAAGCAAUUUUCAAAAAAGUGUGAAUACGAUUAAAGGAAUCAGAGAAAAAUCAAUGAAAGAAAAAGAAGAGAAGAAAAUGUUUCCCAUGACAGAAAUUCGUCUUCAAGCAUUGACUGAUCUUUUGGCUGCAUUUGGUCAUCCAGACAAUUUACCAUCUAAUAUAAAUGAUCCAUUCUUUGGUAAUUCAAAUCUCCCUGAACUUGAAAGUUCAAUUCUUCUUACAAAUAUCAACAAAGUUUUGAUCAGCGAUCAAAUCGUUUCAUAUUGUGAACUAAUUGUUUUAUUUAAUGAUGACGACGCUGAUGAAUUUGUUUUGUUGGACAAAGUAUUGGGUGAAAUUUUGAAAUUAGAUAAAAGCAAAUUUAUCAAUGAUGUUUAUCAAGCUUAUAUGGAUGAUGUUGAAACAAUUAAGUCCUGGAUGAAAGAGAUAAUAAGAAAAGAAAUACAUCUCGAUAUCAACGGGUGGCGAAAUUCCUUUUUAGUAAAGAAGCAUUCAUUGACUUUGGAAUAUUUACCGAUUUUGUCUAAAAUGUAUGAUUUGAUCUUUAAAUUAUGUAUUGUUACAUCCCAUCGUGAUUAUAGUCAUGUUUUCUUACCAACUGGAGAAGUAUUUCACUUUUCCGAGGGUUCGACAACAGCUACUGUUUACAUAUUAAUGGAUAAAACUAACACUUCUAGAGAUAAUAGAUUGAUAAAAGGUAUUUUUCGUAGUUGUGAUAUUCCGUUGAAUUACAUUUACAAUCAGUUAGAAUCUGUUCAAGAUCCAAAAUUAAAAGCUAAUCUAUUAAGUCAAAUUGCGCUCCAUCAUCGGCGUCAAGCAGAAGAGAUCGAUAAAGUUCAUCAUUUAGAAGCCUUACCAAAAUGGGAUCGCGCGUUAAAGCUUUACAUUGAAUCACUCAAGUCCGAUAAAAACAAUUUAACAGCAAUGCUGGGCUAUGCAAAAUGUUUGCUGAUGUUAAAUAGAUACAAAUUAGCUGAACAUUAUUUGAUAGAAAACCGACAAAAAAAUCCAGAAUUUUUCAAUUCAGCUGAAAGGUGGUUCUUGUUAGGCGUUUUACGACGUAAGCUACACAAUUAUGAUGAAGCUAUAUUUGCUCUUAGAGAAGCACUCUCAUUAGGGUAUAGUAAUAUUGAAGCACAAAAUGAAUUAAACGUGGUAUUAAAAUUAAAACAGGAAACAAUCAUUGAACGUAUUCAAUUUUACAAACAAAUGAAUACGAUUAAUGCUGAAUUUGACGGCGAAAAAUACAACAUUCUUUCUAUUGAUGGUGGUGGUAUUAGAGGAUUAAUACCAGCUAUAUGGAUUAGUGAACUUGAGCGAAGAACAGGGUUAAACAGCUGCUCGAUGUUUCAUAUGAUGGCUGGAACAUCUACUGGCGCAAUCAUAGCAGCUGGUCUUUCGUUGCCAGACAAAUACAAUGUCAGAAUACCGCGUUAUAGAGCUGUGGAUAUUGUUGAACUCUACACUACCCAUUCAAAGAAAGUCUUUUCCAAUCAAUGCUCGAUGUUUGAUAUUUUAGGAUCAAGCUGUAAAUAUACGGAUAACGGACGAAAGACGCUGUUCGAUCUAUAUUUUGAAAAUACAAAACUUUCUCAAACGCUUACCGAUCUUGUCAUACCGGCAGUUCAAUCCGGAAGUUCAGUUACAGAUUUAUUUCGACGAAGUGAGAGCCUUAUUGAUCCUAGCAGAAAUUAUAAACUCACUGAUGUACUCAUGUGUACAACAGCUGCUCCUACUUAUUUUUCACCUUAUAAACUUGAGAAUUCAGUUUUUGUCGACGGUGGAGUUCAGGCUAAUAAUCCAGCAUUGCUUGCCUAUGCAGAAGCAUGCCGUAAUCGAACUAAUCGUGAUAAUAUGUUUAUUCUAUCACUCGGGACAGGCGAUUAUGUGCCUGACCCGUUGCAUCCAAAUGCUAGUCGAAAUCUUUUAUUCUGGUUAGCGAAUAAAGAUAGUGUAUUAAAAGUCAUUUUUGACGGUCCACAAAAUAAUAUUGAUUGUCAGCUGCAUAAUAUGUUAGGUAAUGAAAAAUAUCAUCGAUGGCAAGUCUGGCUCGAAGAGCCUAUUGCACUUGAUGAUGUAAAAAAAGAAACAUUGAACAAUUUGAUGGAACUUGCUCGCGCACAUUUUGAAGAAAUGGACGCUUCUGAUAGUAAUACUCGAUUAGGCAAACUUAUUGAACGGUUAAAAGAUUCGUGUAAUUAA